CUAUAUUUGAAGUAUUUUGGAAGGUCUAUGCUUCUCUUGGCAUACAAGUAGGUAAGAGGACUUUAGAGAUGAUACAGGAAGACUAUUUGCGUUAUAAUAGCCUAGUUAACUUCUCCGCAGCCUCAUGCCGUCAAUUACCGGUACAUGAUGCCGACUGGACACUCAAAAGUCCCACUAUGGGGAAGGAUAAUGGGCUAUUCGCGGACAUUACAUGUAUCAGCUCAAGGCCAAGGCUAAAGGCUAAAAUGAAAAACAAAUUACUGUAUAUUAGAAAUUGAACUUUACUAUAAUGCCGCCUUCGAAUUUUCCUCGAAUGAUAUCUCAACGUUAGCUCGGGACGACUUAACAAUCUUGUUAUACCCUUCACUGAUCCUCUGAUAAAGGUGAGCUGGUAGAAUAUUGGUAUUAUAUGAAAUUCUAGACCCUUUUCUUGGAUAGGGAUCUAAGGUACCAUCCUCUAAACUCUGGGCAUAAAAUCUGGGGAUACGAUGUGACGGUAGAUACGGAACAAGUCCGAAACUGGGACUUCAUCCGGGAAACACCGUUUCUAUAGAUGCGAUCAUUUAUCGACAAGUUAGAAAACUAAAACCUCAGGAAUAUAAGAGUGCUUAGCCCUUCGACCACGAGGUUCGACAGAUAGACAAUUAAUUAACCCCUUACGAGCAAGAAAAGGCUCCAAAAAGUAUUCGUAAAAGAUCAAGGAUUAUGCUCACCAAGUCUCUCCUCUUCACGGCCCUCCUCAAGGCCAUUGCCGCGACGCCGAUCAAUCUCGACGAGCGGCAAACCGCUUGCGAGGACAUACAUUUUUUUAUUGCCCGGGGAUCAACCGAACCAUAUCCAGGCAGCCAGAAGGACCUCGUCAACAGAGUAUGCGAGGGCUUGUCAAGCUGCGGGUACGAAGAUAUCAUAUAUCCCGCCACGCUUGAGAACUAUUGCAACUCGGCAUACGCGGGAGUCGCCAAUGGUACCGCGCAAAUCACAGCAUAUGCUGAAAGCUGCCCUGAGGCGAAGUUGGUUUUGACUGGCUAUUCCCAGGGAGGGCACGUCGUAGGCGACAUACUUGGAGGCGGCGGGGGUCCUUUCCAAGACUGCACGCAGAAAACGAACACGCCUUUAUCACCUGAAACCUCGCCCGGUAAUCAGAGUACGGCAACCUCACACCCCCGAAAUUUUGACGGCGUAUACUAACUAGAUCUUCUAGUCGUAGCGGUGACCUUCUUUGGCGACGUGCGUCACACAGCCUCUCAGACUUACAAUGUGGGAACAGGUGGGGUAGCAACUUAGAUUUGGCCGCGAUCAGAGUCGGAUCUCGGAUCUUUGAACAGAUUCUCGGAAUCAAUGCACUCAUGGUGUUUCGUAGAUGACCCUGUCUGCGGUGGUGCCGGUGGCUCGGAUUAUAGCGCGCAUAUUGCGUAUUUCAAUCAGUCUACCCCCGAAGCUGCCACGUGGGUGAAAACCAGGCUCAUUUAGGUGUAUAUUCUGAAGAUAUCAUAAGUAGUGGAAUAUAGUCGAUGUUAUCAUAAUAGGGGACCGGUUUGGAGGUAUGAAUGAGAUGACAAAAAGUUGUAUUGCUGAAGUGUAGUGGGGCCGGACCUGGAGGUGCGUACCUGAGGUUAGGUACUUAUCCGGGUGGGGGGGGUUUUAAGACAAACUGAUAUCAGUCUGUUAACAUUAUAAAAAAGGGUUAAAAUAAUUUAUCUCAGUUCUCAGACCUGAAUUCGUUGAAGCGGGCUGCGCCCGCUUGCGCC